CCCUCACAGACUUGUCGGCUGUACGCCUGGGAUACAUUCACCACGUGCAGUCCGAUGCCACCCACAUGCAAUGGCAGUCAGCGUCGUGUAGGCUUCUUUCCACGAGCCGACGCGGCAGUACUUCAAUCCAAAUACACUCCUCCAUCACCAAAAUCCCGGCCGACCACUAUCUCGCCCAUUCUCGACCCAGCGCAUGCUAAUUACCCUCUCGAUGUAUGGAGUCAAGCUGUGGCAGAAUGUGUAUAUCCGGAAACCACCGCUACUGGCGCCCCAGCGACCAUCCCCGAAAGACCUGAGCAUGAUGCCAACAGUUACCUGUUCCCCACUUUGACGCGCAAUGAAAGGCUCCGGUUGACUAUGCUGUCGUAUUAUACACGCGACUUGUUCCAAGAUUCUGAGCUGGUGUCUCGCCUCCAGGAAAAGGUUCAUAUGGCCGCGGAAACGGUGGGAUGGGAAUUUGCCAUUGCCGGUCUGCUCGAUCAUAAUUCUUAUACGCGCAUGGUCACUGUUGGACUUCCCCUCACCGUUUUGCCUAGACGCGAAAGUACGUGCGCACAUACAGUCAAUCAACCGCCAAGCACGGUAUUUAUACUUCCAGAUAUGUCGGAAGAUUGGAGGUUCAAAGGUUCGCCUCAUGUCGAGCAAGGCGGUCUUCGCGCCUAUGCUGGCGUGCCGCUUCGAUUCGAAACCGAGUUUGGCGAGCACGUUUAUUUUGGGUCACUCUGCGUCGCAUCUAACGAAAAGCGAGAACCGCUUUCGAGACCGCAACAGGCGGCAAUGGUUCGCCUAGCUGAUUGGGUCGUCGCCGAUAUUGUUCACAGCGCGAGAGCUCGGCGCCAACGGGAGCGAAGACGGAUGCAAAAGCUUCUAAGCGAUGCUACCAAGUCCUGCGAACGCACCGAAAACGUCGAAGAAGUGAUUCUGGAUCUUUUAAAGACAAUCUACCCCGAGGCGACCGCAAGCAUCCAGAAGUCAGAUGGCAAGCAGCUCGUAUACCUUGAGGGCCGCGAUGCUGUUGCUUAUUCUGAUUUCGAAAGUGGCCUUUGGGAAGACGUGGACUGUUUCGACAAGCUCAUACAAGACUUUAAUCAUCAAAGCAUGAUUAUGUCCAGCCAUGUACGAGCAAUCGCUGCUGAAUGCAACCGUGCUCUUGAACCAACAUUUCUUGUCGUUGGGUCCAAGGACUUUGGAUUUGUUUUUGACGACGUAGACUUUUGGAUUGUUGAUUCUUGUGCCACUUUGCUCAGUCGUUGCUGGCAGGGUCGUGCUCUGCGAGAGGCCUUGACCAUCAAGGAUAAUUUUCUCCGUGGUAUAGCCCAUCAGCUCAGGACUCCUAUUCAUGGUAUAUUAGGUUCGACCGAGCUACUCGCCGAGGAACUGAAAGCACGAGAUCUACUGGAAUAUUUGCCCGGCCCCGAUUCCUCGUCAGGCACAUCGGAUGUUGGCGUGCCUAACCCGUCCAGCUACAUCCGCUCGAUCAGGAAUUCGGCCCGCGAGCUUAUGGGUACUGUAAACAGUAUGAUCAAAAUCAACCAAUGGGCAGGUACUGCCCAAUCUGAUCGAGUUGUGCAACUGCAUCACAUUGAAGAGUUGGAAACAAACCUUUUGAAUGAAAUAAUUUCGGUUGUACCAGACGACUACAACCGAAGGCCUUCCAUUGUAUUCAGCCGCCGCUUGCCAAUGAACUGCGAUAAUCUCAUCAUUGAUCUCAAGCUAAUGGUCGAUUGCCUAUCGCAUCUUGUAAUCAACGCAAUUCAGAGCACGGUUGGAGGUGUAGUAGCAGUAACAACGUCACUUAGCGAAGACUGUCAAUCGCUCAUUUUUGACGUAGAGGACACGGGCUAUGGCAUUGCUGUGCACCACCAAAAACGUAUAUUCGACGCGUACGAGAAAUUGGACGAACAUUCUACGAGAGCUGGACUUGGACUUACACUCGCGAGCCGACUCGCUACCCUGAUGGAUGGCUCGGUUGGGUUGAUCUCGUCGAUUGAGGGAAAAGGCUCGCAUUUCCGGGCCUCUUUCCAGGUCACAGUAGCCUGCUCUACGCCACCGACGCGGUCCAUCAAGCAGCGGUUUCACCACCUACCCUCAGCUUUCUAUAAAUUCUCAACGGCCGCAUCAACUUCUCCACUCGACCGAGACAUUUGCGCCUUCCUGAAUGUCGCUGGGAUUUCGCAGUCGAAUGAUCCAAACACACCCCUUGUACUGUUAAAUUACGCAUCCGACCUCCAGAAAUUUCGCGAGGGGCUUCCUUCUAUCGACCCAAGCAAAGUUGCGCUUUGUCUUAUGCCGGACUUUGCCGAGGCUUUUGUUAUCAACGAAGAGAGAGUGCAGAUAGAGAGCAACAUUGUGUAUAUCAAGGGCCCUUUCUUACCUCGUGUUGUGGAAGAAGGCUUGAGACAAGCUCAUAUCCUAUUCGCACAUCUCGAAAAACAGAGGAAAGAUCAAAUGGCAAAACAAGUAGAGGUUGUGAGCGCCCAUCUCGGUGACACAACGCUUAGGCAACCUUCUAUCGCCACUUCCGUAUUGGAACCUUCACUCGUCGACACGAAAACAGAAACUACAAUGUCGAACUUUCACAACCUGCUUAUCGAGACCAGCAUUUCUGCACCACCACCACCAUCUCCUCCUACCAGAAUUGUUAACCCUAUGACCCUAAUUGUGGAUGACAAUGCCGUCAACCUUCGCUUGCUUCAGAUGUAUUGUAAGCGCCGCAGGUUACCCCACUGCACUGCCAUAGAUGGUCAAAAGGCUGUCAGUGCCUUUCUGGAACAUCAAUCUGCUGGGCUAGAGCCAAUCGAAUUGAUACUAAUGGACCUUCAAAUGCCAGUCUGUAAUGGUCUCGAGGCGACUCAACAAAUCCGUGCUCUCGAAAAGGAACACGGCUGGCCACCAAGUGUGAUUUCCAUUGUGACCGGGCAAGAUUCACCAUCUGAUCGUCUGAGUGCAGUGGAAGCAGGGGCACAAGGGUUUCUUACCAAACCUGUCGGACCCAAGACGCUCGACAAUAAGAUCAAGCAAUGGUUUCCGGGGCUGGAACUCGGAGACAUUUUGAAGUAA